UGUCUCGACGGUCAUUUUAGGCAUAGAGCAACAGGGGGAGGGGAGACACAGAAAAGAAAAAUAGAAGAGGGGGGAAGAGAAACAAAGAGGAAGGAGUUCGUGGAGCGCUUCAAGAAGGAGGGAGGUAACACGUGGAAUAUGGGAAAUUGCGUUUGCGCCGAUUUGAAAGAGGAGACAACUCUACUGGUAACGUAGCGCCGAAGCCCCACGAUGUUUGUAAUUUUCCCCAGACCAGUAGGUCUUUGAAGUUUUAUUUUUUUUAAGUUCCAAUGGACAUAGCCCUAUAUGGUUGAACUUAAGCCUCUAUAACGUACAGAACACACUGGGGGAAGGGGCAAAAGAAAUGGAAAAAUCGGCUUUUUGGAGAGGACAGACCAGCUGGAAGUUGUGGAGAGAGUCGUUGUUGCUGUGCCUAUUUGCCGGUCGAGUGCAGGCCCAGUGUGACGGCUGUUUGGAGUACUGUUGUGAUGGAGCGCCUCCCUUCUGCUGCUCCUACUACGCCUAUGUGGGCGAUGUCCUCUCGGGGACAGCGAUAUCAGGCAUUGUGUUUGGCGUGGUGUUCCUGAUGGGGGCGAUGGGGGCCGGCUUCCUGUUCGUCUGCAUGUGUGUGAAGAACACCCGAGGGGCUCGCGUCGGAGUCUUCAGCACCUCCUACAUCAACACAGUGUCUCAGGGUUACCCAGGUGCUCCGCCACCCUACACGUUUGACUACGAGAUGUACCCCAGAGACCUCCACCCUCCACCCUACACGCCCACCCCUCCCCAGGCAGGAGGCUACUCUCCUCCUCCCCCCUACCCUGGCUACACCCGCAAGUGAGCUGCACUGUACCUCCAAGACCCAAGGAGGACGCAAGAGACAUCAAGCCAUAGACACAAGUAACCAAUCGGUGAAGAGGUUUAAAACAUCAUCAGCCAAUACCUGAAGAGCUUGACGCAUGGCCACCCAAUGAAUGACUCGGGGGGUCAUGAUGGGGUCUAGUACUUGGUGCUCAGGGGGUGUUUUAGCGAGCAGGUCACCCAGCUCCCCCUGCCAAUGUUACUACGUUACAACAUUCCCCCAGUGCAAGAGUCGGUAUGUAUGGCACCACCAUCAUCAGGAUACAAUACAAGAUCACCAAUACAAUUGUGGUGCUCCGUCAUCAAGGACUGAGGACUACUGUAACCUGGAACUGAU